CGAACGCAUUCAAGGCUACAACAACCAGCAGUAGGGAGAAAAGAUGUUCAAGGAUUCGGGAUGCAGCAGCCGGACUGCGCAUGAGUAGCGCCUUUUGGUGUAAACAUUCCCUACCGGCUACCAUAACAACGUCGAUUCCGGUCAGAAUGCCGCCGUACGAAUCCUUGCACGGGGAUGAGUCACCAUGGUAACGCCCGGUAAAUAAGCCACUCACUAUUGGAGCAAAGUUUGCAGUGCAGCAGCAUAUCUAGUACGUGAGGUUUUUUUGGAGUUGAAGGUUAGCAAAGUUUUUGAGAAGGUGAAAAAGGUGCAAAAGUAGUGGAUUUAGUGGAAAUGAAGCAUAAUUUUGUUUUGUAUUCUCUUUUAUCUCGUAUAGCGCUGUAGGAAAUACGCUUUUUAUACAGGAAUUGGUGAGGAAGUCAAUCCUUUAAUUACACACAGUGUGUGCUCAACCAUUUCUUCAUCCAACAGAUCUAUCUGCAGCUAAGUAAAAGUGAGCAAAUCUUCCAAAUCUUACACCCACCAUGGAGGACCAACCGAAGGCCGAAGGUGAGGCGGACAAAAAGAUUGUCCACGUAUACCCACUGGUCAAGUAUUCCGAUAUGAAUGACGAUGUCCGAGCCGAGGCGAUAGAAUUGAGCAUUACAGCGUGUGAGAAAUACGCACAAAACUACGAGGUUGCCGCCAAAACGAUCAAAGAGCUGAUGGACAAAAAGUUUGGCACCUUCUGGCAUGUGGUCGUCGGCGAAGGCUUCGGUUACGAGGUGUCGUACGAGACGAAGAACAUACUGUACCUGUUUUUCGGUGGCAACUUAGCGAUCGUGCUGUGGAAGUGUUCCUAAGCAACCGCUUAGGAUCAAUGGCGGCAUGGUUGUUUUUUUAUAAUAGUAGUCCAAUUGUUUCUAGUAUCGUGCAGCAGUAAGCAGCAAUGAAGGUUCCCAUUUUGCAAAUUCAAGAUAAAUACAGCCGCUGCUCUUUGAUGGCGAUUUGUUAAGUAAA